GUAAAAAAAUAAUAAAGGAUGAAGAGGGUAAUGAUUUAAAUAAUCAAAAACAAGAAGCAAUAGAUAAGAUUAAAGAAGCAAUACUAGAUAAGAUUAAUAAAGCAAUAAUACUAGAUGAAAUUAAUGUGGAUUUAAUAGGAGUAAAGAUUUAUUAUGGUCGAUCUAUUUGGAUGAAUCGUUUAGCCCAAGUUUCAAUAAUUUUACAGAAACAUAUUUUGGAAAUUAUAAAACAAGAAAAGACUUCUUGGAGUGAAUUAACUAAAACAUCUCUAAAAAAUUAUUUAAAUUCUUCUCAAAAUUCGGAAAAAAGUACUAUAGAAGAAAUAAACGAAAAAACAAUAUUUGAUAUCUACACGAAGAAAGUAAAUGAAAGUAAUUCGCAAAGAUUCGGAAAUGAACUGUUUUCGAAAAAAGGAAAAAAUAAUAAAACAGGAUUAGGCUUUAUGACACCACAAGCAUCGCCACUGAGAGUUUUUACGAAUAGCUUGGGAUGUAAAGAUGUUGGGGAAUGUUCUUCUAAAAAUAAUGAACAAAAGAGAUAUAGCUUUAGCUUUGCUUCUCCCAUCAAAAGUUUUGUUGCAUCACCACGUCGUUUUUUUAGUCAGAAGAAAGAUUCAUUUUCUAAAUCUGGAAAGAGGUAA